GGUCUUCCUCUCCAAAGAUGACACAGCAGAUGAAGGACCUCCAGCUGGCACAGACCAAGAAGCCACCAGGCCCCUCGUCGCCCAAUGCUGCCAAGAGGCUGUACAGGAACCUGUCUGGGAAGUUCCGGGGUGAACUACACAUCGUUCGAUGAAAGCAGCUUGGCGGCACGAAAUGAAAAGGAGAGGCUGCGGAAAUCAUGCCUUUUUCAGGGGAAUUCUGCACUCUUUGAAGCAGUGGAAAUGCAAGAUCUUGAUCGGGUACAAGAAUUACUGAAGCAAUACAGUGUGGAGGAGCUGGAUCUCAACACACCGAAUAGCGAGGGUCUGCUUCCACUAGAUAUAGCGAUCAUGACCAACAAUGCACCCAUAGCGAAGACAUUACUGCAGGCCGGAGCAAAGGAGAGCCCACACUUUAUGAGCUUGGAAAGCCGGUCGCUCCAUCUGACCACACUGGUGCGGGAAGCUGAACAAAGAGUAAACGAUCUCACUGCCCAAGUUGUUAACGAAGCUCCAAAUGCAGAUUGUUCGGAAAAAGAAAAGCAGCUGAAGUCUUGGGAGUGGCGAUAUCGGCUAUACAAGCGCAUGAAAGCGGGAUUUGAGCAUGCACGGGUUCCGGAUCCUCCCACCAAUGUUCGACUAGCGGUAACCAGCAGUACCACGCUGCAAGUGACAUUCCAGGAGCCAUUGAGUGUCAACUCUGCUGUUGUCACAAAAUACAAAGUGGAAUGGAGCUUAUCAUCUUCAUUCUCUCCAAAUGUGGGAGAGGUGGUUAUCGAGAAGCUGAGAAACUUGCAGUUUAACAUCAGAGGUCUUGUUUCAGGCACAAGAUACUAUGUUCAGGUAUCUGCAUAUAACAUGAAAGGAUGGGGAGCGGCACAACCUUCACUUCCAGCUUUUGCUAUUCCAUCCAAUUGGCAUGAGUAUGAUGGUCGUGCACCAAGAAGAAGAGGUCAAGCAGAAGCCCUGGAUCUUCUGCUUAGCCAGGUGAAGACGGGUCACCAGCACUGUGUGUGUCACGAACCGUUCAAGAACCAGCCGCAGAGCAGAAAGCAUUCUGUUUCCAAGAGCUUGAAGCACCUUUUUCAUCCCAGUAGCAAGUUUCUUAAAGGCCUCAAAAGGGGUCUGUACCUUGCCUCCAUAUUUUAUAAGGAUGACAAUGUUCUAGUGACUCACGAAGACCAGAUACCAGUGGUGGACAUAGAUGACUCAUAUUCAUGUCUCUUGAUGCAAGACUUCUUGUGGUUCACUAAGGUAUCAUGCAUGUGGGAUGACAUCCUAUGGUUGCGGCAGUGUGUUACCGUGUCACAGUCCUCUUGUUCAUGUAUCCUGCAAACUCGCUUUAAGAUGCUGCUAGCCGUGUCACAAAUGCAGGGUCUACUAGGAUUCCAAGACUUGGGGCAGGUUUUCUUCGAGCCCAUUAAAGACAAGCAAGGAAAUAUUCUGAUUGUGACUCUGAAGGAGGUGAAACUGAGCCAGACGCUGGAGAACGUACGCUGGAUGCCGGUGUUUAAACUGCAGACUCACAGGAAGUCUGUCUCAUCACCGGAGGAGCCCAGCGCUUUGGAUGUCCUACUGAUGACACUGCAUGAGAAACUGGCUUACCACAGAAGAAGCAGCCAAGCUUUGCCUCCUGGCCUCUAUCUGGGAUAUCUGAAGCUGUGCAGUGCGGUAGACCAGAUCCGAGUGUUGGUUCCUGAACGAUUACCCAACAUCCUCUGUAAUGUCAAAAUACGAGCCAAUUCAAACGUAUCCAGGGAAGAAUGGGAGUGGCUUCAGACCUUAGCCAGUGUGGAUGAACCAAUCACCAGUGAGCAGGACUCCGAAGGCUGCCAAAGUCUAUUACUGCAGGAACUUAGGAAGGCUGUGAAAGAUCUAAUGGGUCAAGUCAACAUUCCUCGUGAAGAGGCUAAAGACUUCCGUCUCUACAGUCAAGAGGUUCUGGAGUUUGGAGGCCAGGUCUCCUUUUUAUUGUUGCUGCCUCCAUCAGAUGAUGUCUGCACAGCUCCUGGCCAGAACACCCCCUAUACUCCCUACUCAGGAUUCCUCACACUGCCCCUUCAAAUUUUUGAGCUAGUUAACUUUUUCACAUACGAUCGUGAUUUUAUCAGUCAGUAUUGUCAGUUAUCUGCCAUGUUGGAGCUGGAGUCUUUGUUGUCACAGCAAAGUCUUAGGGAGGCCUUCUCUGAUACCGAACUCACAACAGCGAAGCAGCGCCAUCAGCAAGUGCAGGAUUUUGUACAGCAAAUGGAAGAAAUCUGGGAGAGAAGUGCGCUGGAUGAUGGAUGCCCUUCAACAUGCCAGGUACAAACAGCCAUCAUGUGCUGUGCCACUCACCUGGUUCCUCAGUGUGGCUGGAGACAUUCUACUAAAAGAGAAACCUCAGUCCAACUCAUCUCACCUAGACUACUUUCCAUCUCCGACGACCCUCACCUGAAACCAACAGGAAGCUUAACACCGAUCUCCUAACCACUCCCUAUUCUGACAAUGAACUGUUGGAUGUAAAGUUUGCAAACCAGUCUUCCCCUCUUCUAGAUUCUCAUGGUAUAUCUGAUGAAGAGGGCUCUUCUGAAGUCUUCCUUGCUACGGACAGUGAUUAUGACUCUAGUAGAGCCCAGAGUCCAAAGGAGUUAGAUCUGGUUUAUCCCUCUGGUCAGGAGUGUAGCAGGAGAAACAUCCGCAGCUUCAGAGAUGGGGACACCUGAUGUACUUCAAACACAUGAGCCCAAAGUAAUGACUCAGGAAGACGACCGCCCACAGCAGCUUUAUGAUAGUGACUUUGUGCUUCCCAGCCGCCAGAUUGAACUCCUACGCAUUACAGAAAAGCGGCAAGCCUACUGUGUCCGUACCAGCAGCUUGGACUUCCCCAAACAGCCUUACAAGGCAUCUCGGAAGUCAUGCCCAGGUUCUGUUGAUAGUUCUCCAACAGAGUCAAAGCCUACAGGUUAUCGCAGUAUUCGUGGGCUAAGGACAAGCACUUCUUUUAGCCCAGACCAUGAUCAGCCAUGUGAAAGCUCACGACGGAUUCACCGCACACACUCUGUUGAGUGGACAAAUGACUUCCAAGAACCUUUGGAACCAAGAACUGUAGCAGGUCAAGGGAAAAAGAACAACUCUGUAACUCUACGGAUAUAUCCGCAGUAUGACACUGGUCUGUCUAAAGAAAUGAGUGUUAAGUUGCACAUUACAAGCAAGACACAGGCCCAGGAAGUUGUAAAGCUGGUGGUCCUUCAGAUGAAUGAGAUCUCCAGGAGCAUGCUGGGAAGUACAGAAGGCUACUGCUAUGCUGAAGACCAGCUAGACCACUUUGCACUGGUUUUCACUUCAGAAAACAACAAGGAACAGUGGCUGGCUGAUGAUUUUCUACCUUUCGCACUCCAGAAUGUGUGGAACAAGGGUCACUUCUCUGUCCGCAUCCGAGAGACUUCUCCUUUACACUUUCAGUAUGGUCCUGCUACAACGGUAUAA